GAAGCAACGUCUGGCACAUUUCCUUACUGCUCAGAUCCUGGCUUGAAUUUUUCAGCCACCAACUACAGCGAAGAUGACGCAGAUUUUGCAGGGAAUCGACGUGGAAAAGCUUCACGGCAAGAUCCGCUGAGUCACAGAAUUAUUGAGAAAAGACGACGUGAUAGAAUGAACGCAUGUCUUGCAGAUCUUUCAAGAUUAAUUCCAUCGCAGUACAUGCGAAAAGGUCGCGGUCGUGUCGAAAAGACGGAAAUUAUUGAAAUGGCUAUCAGACAUUUGAAAAAUUUGCAAACACAAGAAGUACUACGUGAAGCAACUUAUGCUGAUUAUUACCGUUCUGGUUACAGUGACUGUGUGACAGAAGCUGCAAAAUUUCUGCUGCGAGAACGCGAUGAAGAGCUUUACUAUAAAAUGAUCACGCAUUUAAGGGAACACAUGAAUGAAGCUAUGAAAGGAGACAAAAUGUUGCUUAUAAUCUUUAAAAACGAUUUCCUGUUAUUUUUAGGCGAAUACUUUAAGACGCGGUGCAAUGGUGACAUGAUAAACGCUGGAAGUCCAACUUCAUAUCAUCAUCCAAAUCCACCACUAUCACAAUUACGUGAGAUGUUAACGACAUCAGUAUCCGAUGUUGAACACAACAGUGACGAUCAUCAUGAUAUAAAAGAUUUGAGUUUCCGUUCAAAUCCACAACAAGCACCGUCAGUCAGCUCGACAGGCGUCGUUCCGUCCAACAAUAUUCAUCAUAUGGAUACAAGUGAUUAUGACAGCACACGUUCGCCAACAACAAGCAGUGGAACAACAUCAACCAAUUCAAUUCGAAUGACACCAGCCAAUGUUAAUCAUCAUUUAAGCAAUUUGUCACCACCUCAUGCUCAUGAAAAUGUCAUUCGAACAGUUCGAAUGCGAAAACUGUCGGAGACAUCAACUGAUGUUGAACAUUGCAACAACAAUUAUAAGUUUAAAAAUUACAUUCAACAACGAUUCACUCAUGAGACAUAUCAUAGUGAAGAAUCAAUGCAGUCGAAUCAAUGUGUAACAGAUCAUGAGAAGGAUCAUGAUAAGAAGUCAACAACACCCACGUCUCCAGUCAAUGAUGCAGCGAAAAGGAAUGGAAUUCACCAUGACAUCAAGAAUGAGAUAUUAGUCGUAAAUUCACCUUCACCUGCACACCAACAACCUCCCCAUGCUACACAACGUAAUGGUAAAAUUCCCAACGGCACGGUCAAUGGAAACAUCAAUGGCAACGCAAUAAUUCCACAUCACACAAUUCCCAUUCCGGUAUUUGCGUGUCACACUCAAGGCUUUUAUGUUCCGUUAAAUGUCGAUUACGACUUGCUGAUUCCUUUCCUUGGUGGUGUUGAUUUGUUGAGUAAAACUUAUGCUCAUUUGCCUCCACUUCAUCCGAUAAGUAUCAACGUUAACUACACGCCAACACUUAUUAAAAAUGCCAUAGCUUCAGCUAACUUUAUUAAACCAAAAGUUGAAAAUGGCAUUAUCAACGGAUGGUAA